GUACAGGAAGAGGAUGUAAAAAGGCAGAGUACUCUCAGCUGACGGCUUUACAGAUAGAAACUGAAGAAAAACAUUAAGUAUUCUGAAAAGUUGAGUAAACCAGCACAAAUUACCUCAUCUGGGAAAGACAAAGAACGAACCUGUUAUUAAUGCAUACCUAACUGCAGCUACAUCAGAUCACAUUGAUAAGAAGCACAACAAAGAGACAGAUGUGCCCCCAACCCCCUCAGCAACGAGCAGCAGCUGCGAUCGUAUUGCGUCUGCUGCUUUUACUGCUUCCUGCUUCGCCCCCAGCACCUCCUCCCACCCACUUCCUCCCAAGGACUGCAGCCAGAAGGACCAGGCAAUCGAGGCCUUCAGGACACUUCAUUUUCACCAGAGAAACUGUGUUCAGUUAACACAAUACAGAAUCUUCUGCCAGAAUGAAGUCACAGGAGCCAGUUCAGCUGAGUAUUUUUGACCUUAAUUGUUGGGCUCUCAGAUUCCUCAGUAAAAAGCGUAAGGAACGGCUGGCUUUGAUUGGGCAGCUCCUUAGUCAACAAUGCUAUGACCUGGCUCUUCUACAGGAGAUCUGGAGUGACAAAGAUUAUAGUGAAUUAAGACAUCGCCUUUCAGAUGUGUUUCCAUAUACUCAUCGGUUCAAGAGUGGAGUCAUAGGCAGUGGCCUCUGUGUCUUCUCUCAAUUUCCAAUCAUUGACUGUCUUCAGUAUCAAUUUUCUCUCAACGGUUUCCCCUAUAUGAUGAACCACGGAGACUGGUUCUGUGGCAAAGCUGUGGGGUUGGUCAAACUCAAAGCCUAUGGAUUCUUGUGCCAUGUGUACGUCACACAUCUUCAUGCUGAAUAUUGCCGUGAAAAUGACUGCUAUCGGUCUCACAGAAUACUUCAAAGCUGGGAGCUUGCACAGUUUAUACGACACACCUCCAAUAAUUCAGAUGUUGUGGUCUUAGCUGGAGACCUAAACAUGCACCCAGGGGACCUUGGUGUUAAGCUGGUACGUGAAUGGACAGGGCUUAAAGAUUCAUACUUGGAGUGCACAGAAUAUGAGGGCCCACCUGAUGGGUGCACAUUGAUUCCCAGUAACCCCUUUACAGAUCCACAAGAAUUGAAAAACUUUCCUCAAGGAAUCCGCAUUGAUUAUAUCAUGUACAAGUCUGCCCCAGGAAUAGCUGUAAGUUGUCAGCAGGUUACUACUGGUUCUCAGUCAUCAAGAAGUGACACCCCUUUUUCUGACCAUGAAAUAGUCACUGCCACGCUGAGACUACAAAGGAUACCAGGAGUCAGCAAUGUAAACUCAGAAUCUCUACCAUCUGUGGUUUCGCCCAUUUUCUCUUCAUGCUGCACUGAGAUAUACACAGGUCUUCAAACAGCAGAGCGAUGGAGCACUAUAUGUCGUUACCUAGUUAUAAUGUUUCUGUUUCUCUUGGCUCUUCAGUGUUCAACCACUCUUCUUUCUGUUUUAGGGCUUAAAUGUAACAUAUUUCCUCCUGUAUUAAUGACACUUCUGUUUCUUCUUCUAUCCUCUCUAUUCCUUGUUCUGCAUACAGCAGAGCAGCGGCAGCUACAAAGUGUCAUUGAGCAGAUAAACCUGGUACAACAUGGACAUGAGUGAAAGAGUGAUUGGUUAAGUACCUAACAGCAACAUAUUAUACCAUUUAGACCUUUCUUUGAACAUCCUAUCCUUCACUAAUUGUGGGGUACAGUCCAUAACUGAAUCUGAUAUUAUUUUAUUGAUAUAUUAUCAUAAAUGACCUACCUUUGUCUUAAAUAGAACUUUUGUAUUAGUGAACCUUAACCUGAAAACAACCGUGUGUUUAAUCUAAAACUAGUAAAGUAGGCUACCUUCUUGCUAGAUCACUUGUGGAGUCUCGGAGCACAUUGGUGUGCCAUUUUUUUAUUUGCCAUUUUUUAUUUUGAUCCAAAGUAAACAGUUCAAACAUAUCUGCUAAGGAACAUAUCUGUGUUAAUAUAUAAUUCUUUGCAGUCAGGGACGUAAGCAGUCUGUUGGCCAAAACUAUAGUGAAAUAGAAAGAAGCACCAAUGUUCAGCCUAAGCUAUAUUUCAAAUUUAAUAAGCUGCUAGAAGCAAUACAGAGCCAUCAUUUGCAGACAGAAAAGCCUAGCGGUACGCUUUUUCAAUCUAAAAAAAUGUGUGUUUAUAUGUUGGACAUAAACAUGGUUUGACAUAUGCAACAUCAUAGCUCCUCACUGUACAUGAGUACUAUGCAAGUCUAUUGGUAUUUAACAUAUUAUGCUAUUAAAAUGCUUGAACACUUUU